AUGUUAUUAUUAAAAUUAAAUAAAAUAUAUUUAUUUAUUUAUUAUUUAAUUAUUCAAUUUUUAUUUUUUGUUUCAUCAGAUAUAAAUACUCCACCAGAAUUGGAAUGUUUGGAAAAUGGAAUGAGACUCCAUUUUAUUCCAAAUUUCGAGGAAGGAAGGGAAGGAGGGGAAUCUUCAUUACCUUUUAGUGGACAUGUUUAUUUAAGAGGAUUUUUCUUUUCAAGUCAUUGCCAUGUUGAUUAUAGUAAACAACCAAUUAAUCAACCAUUUUAUUUACAUAUUCCAUAUAAAAGUGAUUGCCAAAUUAAAAGAGAAAGAAAAUUAUUAUUAAAUAAUACUCGAGAAAAUGAAGAAAAUAAUUCUGGAAUUACCUAUAGUACUGUUGUAAUAGUUCAGCAUCACCAUCUUUUUGUAACUAAUCGAGAUAAAGCAUAUAGUGUUACUUGUUUUUAUAGAGAUUUAUUUAGAGAACUUGAAAGGAAAUUAGAUAUAAAUGAUAUUUCCUCUUCAAAAAUUUCUUCUCAAGUAGACGCCCCUUUAUGUCAAUAUGAAGUACUUAGAUUAUUAAAUAGAAAUAAUGAAUCUUUAAAUAAAGAAGAAUCUGUUCGGUUUGCAAAUAUUGGAGAACAAUUAACACAUAAAUGGAGUUGUGAAAGUGACGAAUUGGGUAUGUUAGUCCAUUCUUGUACAGUUAGAGAUGGAAAUGGGCAUAGUUUUCAAUUAAUAGACCAACGUGGUUGUGUAACAGAUAAUUCAUUAAUGCCUCCAUUAAUUUAUUCUUCUCAAUUAAAUUCUUCUUUUGCUUUAAUUAAUGCUUUUAAAUUUGCUGAUCAAAUGUCUAUAUUUUUUCGUUGCCAAAUAACUUUAUGUGAUAAAAGACAAAAUGGAUGUGAAGGAAUUACUCCUCCUUCCUGUCAAUUUAUUCCUUUACCUUCAAAUGGAGGCCCUCCUCUUCCAAUUAUUCAAUCUUCUCGUGAUACUCAACAAAAUCAAAAUAUUUUAAUUAAAUACAAAAAUCAACAAAAUAGAGAAAAUAACAAAAUAUUACCAUUAAUUAAAUGUUGUAAAUUAAAUGAAGAAAAUGGUUUAUGGAUUCCUUUAAUUAAUUUUGGAAAUGGAAGGAAAGAAAGGAAUAAAAGAAAUUUAGAAAAAGAAAAUAAAAGAGAAAAUAAUAAACAGAAAAUUGAUUUAAAUAACAACACCACAACCACCAAUUCAUUAGAAAAUAAACAAAAAAAUUUAAUAACAAUAGAUGUCGUUGCUGAUGGAUUAGUUAUAUUUGCCAGAGAUGAAGGGCCUAAUUUAGAAGAACGAAAUAGAUUACUUGUUCAAUUAAAGCAAAGUUCUCUUCCAAUAAAGGAAGAAGAAGGAAAACAGAGUCAAUGUCCUUUUUUGUUUGCAGAAAUUCCUUUUUGGAUGUGGACAAUUCUUUCCUUAAUUCCCCUACUUUUAAUUGCUUUAUUUAUUGAAUAUUAUUUUUUAAACAAAAAAAUUAAAAUGUUAAAAUCAUUCAGAACACCUUCAUUUCCAGUUGAAAUGUGUGGAUUUCCAUCUAGUUUUGGUCAAAGUCCUUUACCAAAACCUAGACGUUAUACGGGUGGAGGAGGAGGGUUUUGA